CCCGUCGUCACUCACUCUUGGCCUUGUAUGCCGUUUGAAACUGCAAGUAGAAUUUACUGAAGUUAGCGCUGAAAAUGGACGGAGAAGAGUUGACUGAGCAAGAGACCGCACUGUAUGAUCGUCAAAUUAGGGUUUGGGGUGCAGAUGCUCAGCGAAGAUUGAGCAAAUCUCACAUUUUAGUUUAUGGGAUGAAAGGUACUGUUGUUGAGUUUUGCAAGAAUAUAGUGCUGGCUGGAGUUGGUAGCUUGACGUUGGUGGAUGAUCGGUUGGUGACUGAAGAAGCAUUCUCUGCGAAUUUUUUGAUACCACCCGACGAAAAUGUGUAUAGUGGGAAAACUAUUGCUGAUGUUUGCUGCCAUUCGUUGAAAGAAUUCAAUCCAAUGGUUCGUGUUUUGGUUGAAAGAGGUGAUUUGUCAAGCUUUGGAGCAGAAUUUUAUGAUAAAUUCGAUGUAGUUGUUAUCAGUUGCUGCUCCUUCACAAAAAAAAAAUUGAUCAAUGAGAAAUGCCGAAAGUUGUCGAAGCGUGUAGCUUUUUAUAUAGUUGACUGUAGAGACUCUUGCGGUGAAAUAUUUGUUGAUUUGCAGAACCAUAAGUAUUCGAAGCAAAAGCUUGAAGAAACAGUUGAAUGCCAAUUGCAGUAUCCAGGUUUUGAGGAAGCAAUAUCUGUACCAUGGAGAGUGCUUCCUAGGAAAACAGCAAAGCUUUUCUUUGCUAUGAGAGUGAUUGAACAAUUUGAAGAAGCGGAAGGACGUGGUGCAGGAGAGAUUUCAAUUGCCGAUCUACCUGCUGUUCUGAAGCUGAAAAAGGAGCUUUGUGAGGCAAAUUCACUCAAUGCAUCUCAUAUCCCUGAUACCCUCCUAGAAAGAUUGAUCAUGGGUGCAAGAGAAUUUCCUCCAGUCUGUGCUAUCAUCGGAGGAAUCCUGGGGCAGGAGGUUAUUAAAGCAAUAUCAGGCAAAGGGGAUCCCCUCAAGAACUUUUUCUUCUUUGAUGUUAUGGAUGGGAAAGGCAUAGUGGAAGACAUAUCAAAUCCAGAGACAGGAAGCUAGAGUAGCUGGUGCAGGGGGGCUAGCACUUGAGUAGAAAUUUAAAUUAUAUUGACCGUCCAGUUCUCCCAUAUUGAAAAAAAUUGACAUUCCAUUGAUAAUUUUCUAGGAUCUGUUGACCAUCUUUCAAAAUACUGUAGCUUCUUAAGACUGAUUUCUUUCUGCAGAUUAUCAUGACAGUGCUUUAUUGACACAUAAUUAAAAUAGGAAUUUCUUGUGUUAACGACAAUGCACAAUGAAAAAGUGCAAUGAUAUUUUAUUUAAUGUAAACUUUUCAGUGAGUUAUCUAUAAUUUAUUUAUUUGAGAA